AUGAGGCUGCUGUUGUUUUUUGGCCUGGCCAUAUUGGUUGCCUUCGUAGCGGGUGCUGAUGAAACUGACUAUUCCGACGAAGACGGUGAUUAUUACUCUGAUUAUUACUCUGAUGACGACUCCAGUACAGAGAGCGGAAGCUCAGAAGAUGACGCAGCUAGCUCGUCGGAGGACAGCUCCUCUUCCGAAGCUUCCGAUAGCUCUGGGUCUGGCACAGGUAGUUCUUCAGAAAGUUCUGGUGGCAGUUCCUCCGCCGAAUCGACAUCAACUGCAACUUCAACCAAAGCAAAAACAGCCAAGAAAGCCGCAGCCCGCAGGAAUAGACGGCGCAGGCGUACCACCACCGCUGCCCCCAAACGCAAGGUAGUGGCAGCCGCGCCCGCCAAGAAGCAAACACCUGUUGCCCAAAAGAAGAAGACACCUGUGGCAGCCAAGAAGAAGGCCAAUACUGCCGCCAACAAACGCAAGCGCACAGGCUAA